AAUUCAUAUACCCUAUAAAACCGUCCACCGUGUGUUCGGUCGUCGUCUUCCUCAACUCGUCUUCGUCCUCAACCCUUCGUCUUCGAUCUCCAUUUUUAAGGUGCAAUCAUGGUUAAGGGUCCUGGUCUCUACACCGACAUCGGCAAAAAAGCCCGAGAUCUUCUUUACAGGGAUUACCAGGGGGACCAUAAGUUCACCAUCACGACCUAUUCACCUACUGGAGUUGCAAUCACAUCAUCUGGAACGAAGAAAGGUGAAUCAUUUCUUGCAGAUGUCAAUACCCAAUUGAAGAGAAACAACAUUACUACUGAUAUCAAAGUGGACACCAACUCCAAUCUCUCCACAACUAUUGUAGUUGACGAACCUGCCCCUGGGCUGAAGGCAAUCCUUAGCUUCAAAGUUCCUGACCAAAGGUCUGGCAAGUUGGAACUGCAAUACUUGCAUGACUAUGCGGGAAUCUGCACAAGUAUUGGGUUGACUGCAAACCCGAUCGUCAACUUUUCUGGCGUGGUCGGAACCAACAUUACCGCUAUCGGAACCGAUGUUUCUUUUGACACCAAAACCGGAAACUUCACUAAGUACAAUGCCGGGAUUAGCUUCGCCAAUUCGGACCUUAUCGCCGCCCUCACUUUGAACGACAAGGGUGACUCUCUGAACGCAUCAUACUACCACAUUGUGAAGCCGUUGACGAACACAUCAGUAGGUGCGGAAGUCAACCACAUCUUCUCGACCAACGAGAACACAAUCACGGUCGGGACCCAGCACGCUUUGGACCCAUUGACCACGGUCAAGGCUCGUAUCAACAACCUCGGGAAGGCAAACGCUCUCAUCCAACAUGAGUGGCGCCCCAAAUCCCUCUUCACCAUCUCAGGUGAAGUCGACACGAAAGCGAUCGACAAAAGUGCCAAAUUUGGCCUUGCAUUGGCUCUUAAGCCUUGAAAAAAUGGUGGGGUUUUUAGUCUUUUCUUAUUUCAUAUAAACUUUUUGACGGUUUUUAGAAAUAAUUUCCAACAGUUUUAAAGGAGACCUAUAAUUUGUCUACUUAUCCAUCGAUGGUAUUGGUAGAUAGAUAUAUUUGCAGAGGCUUAUUUUGGUGCUUUAUUUUAAUGGAUUGUUGAGAACUGUUUUUUUGCUUCAUGGGUUUUACAGUUGGAUUUUGUGGAUC